CAGCGGACACAGAGACUGGGUGGUGCAUGUUAACAGAGUGUGGAUGUUGGGAAUCGCGCAGUUGGCUGCAGCAGCGUUGACAUCCGUCAUCAUCAUCGACUGGCUGUGCAUUUGCGAGUUGCGCUCCACCACUGACCAUGGCAACCGCAGCGGCGACCGCAUCAUCAGCCGUGCCGAACAUACUAUAUGAACCCAUUGAUAGUGCGCCGCCAUAUCCAACAUGAACGCUGUCAGCACGACCACUGCCGCGACUACUACUACUCGCGUGAUGCUGCUGGUGCUGGCUGUGGUUGUGUUGUGCGGCAAAGGCAGCGGCAACGAUCGCGCGGCAUGGGCCCGCCCCCAGAGCGGAAAAGUCGAGCCCCGACCCCAUCUGCUGCUGCGCGCCAGCAGACCCGGUGCUCAGCAGCAGACCCGAGGUUGCGCCAUCCUGGCUGAACAGCGUGGAUAUGUCGGAUGCUGCCAUCACCCCGAGCGCCUGCGGGAACGGCUCGGUUACUGACUCGCCCGGCGGCAUUGGUGGCAUCGGCCUGAUGGGUCGGAAAGCUGGCUGCUGCUGCUGCCGCCGCCGCUGCUCCUGUGUCUGCGCUGAACCUGGCAGCGGCAUGGAGGCAGUCCGCUCCAGGUUGCCUGGCG